GAUUCACCGUCAAUGCACAGGGGCAGUGACAACUCGGAAAUGUUGCUUGGGUCAACAAAAUUCACAAACAUGGACCGAUAUAAAUAGUUGGAACAUUGACUGUACAGGAAAAAAAAGAUCUAAUUUAUAAACUUUACAAACUUCGCGUGUGUAUGUGCUUCUUGUGAUAUUGACUUGUAAUAUUGUGAUAUUGACUUGUGAUAUUAACUUGUGAUAUAUGUCGGCUACAGAAAUGAAUAUGAAGAGUGUGGUGAAUUCUCUCUAUCAGUUUGAUGAAACUAUGAACAAGCGAAAGACUAUUGAGAUAAAGCGAGUUAUGAGGGGUGCUCUCAGCACGUCACGUAGCACGACAGGGGACAACACGUUCCAUAUCAACAAAUUCGCUAAUAAAGGGUUAGAACAACAGAUCAGGGUCUUGGAUAAAGCAAAAAUUCAAUGUCGGAACGGAAUAAAUUCGAAAAAGCGAACAGCACUGAGAAAAUGGUGUCUUGUUUUUGGUAAACAAAAAUCUAUGAAUGACUCCAUUAAAGAACUAAAUGAGGUGAUAACGAAAGCGAUAGAGGAAGAUGGAUUCCUCGAAUCGAGAAUGAAUCCAGAAGAUGAAGAAAAGGUAGAAGAGGAGCAAAUAGAAGAACUGGAAAAUAACACAGAACCAGAACCGGUCGAUAAAAGAUCCGGAAUGGACCCUAGUCAAAUUCGUGCUCUGAUGAUAAAACAACAAAGAGGAGGAAUUGAGAUAAAAACAAACGAACAAGGAAUUACUUCUAUGCUCUUACCAAAAAUUGAUUUUGGAAACACAAAUAUGAAACUCGAAAACGUGGAGUUAGACCCAGAAACGCCACAGGCCCAGGAGGACAUAUGGCCUCUUAAAGACACCACCUGGGUCAGUUCUUAUAUAAAAGACCAGCGAGAGAAACAUGACCAGCUCUUUACUAAAAAUAUUUUGAAAAGCAUACAAAUUGGAAUGACAAAAACAAAUCCUUUACACAGCUUCCGGUUGAGAGCAAAAAUUUCGGAUGAUCCAAUGGAUUUGUUAAGACAGUUAACAUCAGCAAAGACAGCCCGCCCGUCGACAAGAGAUCCUUUGAGGCGUAGCGCUCAAACCGCCGGUGCUUUACAAAGUCACAGGGAGGUGCUCACGGCCCGAUCUCAGAUCUCAAGAGGCACGGAGACACAAAUAAAACUUCCACCGCUCAUCCGCUCAAAAACAAUGUUCCCCUAGAAAUCCUCCGAACUUAUUCUAUGUAAAAUCAGUCCCCUAAGUUCUCCGAACUUAUUUAUGUAAAAGCAGUACAUUGUACAUCAGUUCAUUGGACAUUGCACUAACAUACCAAAUGACGCUGUUCCAGUUUCAUCAAAUGUUGGGAAUUUCGUGGUGAUUUUCUUUGAUUAUAAAUGUAACCAUGACGCCCUCUGUACGGCGGAUUUGUCUACUGUUUAUUUCGAAAUCGUAGACAAGUCGGUCCCACAGCAUGCUUACAAUAAAGAUGUCCUAGUUCAUCGGGGACCAUUUUCACAAUUUGCAACAAUUUUAGGGAACUUGUUCCGAUUAGCAAUUACCACAAGAAAUCGCUAAUUCUGUAUACAACUUUAAUUUGCUGCAUUUUAAUUUUCGCUAUUUUUAUAUAACUUUUAUAUAGAAAUAGACACCGUGAAUUCACAACUGCAUGACAAUUUAAACGGAAUUAAACAACAAACCGUGAAAAAAAGCCAGAAUCGAAUAUAAAGCUUUACACAGCAGUGCAGAAGGCUAACAAACCGGGAAAAGAAAUGGGUGUUAGUAGAAAUAUGGUUUCUUUAUAUAUUUUCCUCAUAAUUGUUAUUUACACUUGUGUUAAACUACAAGUGCAUACUUAGUAUUGUGUUAAAUUACAAGUACAUACUUAGUAAUACACAUUGCACAGUACGCCCACAGUUUACAUACAGUAAAGAGACCAUUGUGGCCGAGUUCAUUUGUAGAGGAAUUUUCAGCAAUUUUGUUUCUAACUUUUCAAAAUAUCUUUCGUUUCUUUUUUCAUUAAGUGUGGAUUUCCACCCGAAAUUUUUUACAUCAGGGGUAUAGCUCGUGUUCGACAACAGUGAUUAAAUUUUAGGAGAGAUCGGUCGUGGAAACAGGAUUUUUGAGAGUGGGGUAGAUUGAUCAACUUAUAAAGAGUGCGUUUAAUUUAACCUUGUAAUUUUUUAAAUACAGUCAUCAAAUAUUGCUACUAUUUUUCUCUGCAUCAAAAUAGUUCAAUAUAUAUGCCUGGUCUUUUUUAAAACUACACUUGAACCGGCCAUACCAAUAUAGAAAAGUACUAAAUCUGGGCAAUCUAAUUCUAAAUCUACUCAAACCCCGCUUUCUUUAACUGAAUGGGUGAUCCGUAACUAAACUCGUGUCAAUUUAAUACAUAAUUUAGCUUUUGAAUCACAUCACGUACUUAGUUUGAAGUGAUUUAAGGUACACGAAAGUGGCUAGUGCAUGUCAAUCCGAAUAUUAUACAAUGCGGAUUGAUCCUAUUACCCUCACUGUGGUAUGAAUUCUUCACACCAAAAUUUCAAUAAUGUAAGUACAAUGGCGUUUGCUAUCUAGCGCUAAACAAUUAACUUUACUUUAACACUGAAUGCGCAUGCCACAUCAAUAAUACAAACUUAGGAGUAGCGCUUAAUGUUAAGACACCCCCUCCUGAUAAUUGUAUACGACAAGAUCUUAGACAAAAGAUGUACCUACUAUAGCUUAUGUAAGUAACACAAAAUUCUUUCAUUAUCUCCAAUAAAAGUUGAUUAGGAAAUAACGAGCAAUGCGUAUUAUUUUUGAAAAUAUACGGGAGUAUGAAUUGCGACGCAUCACACCGGCAUGCCUCGUGAAAAGUAGGCCGACGUGAAGCGUUGCUGUUCGUAUCCUUAUGUAUGUUCAAAAGUGAAAAUUAUUUCUUAUAUUUAAACAUUCUACUUUCAUUCUGUCGGAAUUCCCAGCCGUUAAAAUAGACGUACUAUAUGUAUCAAGUAGUUCUGUAUUCAUACGCGCAUUCUUUACAACCGAAGAGCGUGCAUGAAGAAAAAUGCCUAUCAAAAAAAUUUGUAAAGAAAUCAAAGGCAAAAAUAUUGGAAAUGUAAAAAUUGUAAUGGUUGACUAGCUGCUCCUAGUUACCGUUUGUGUAUGAAUUGGUGAAAUGUUAAUUACCACAUGAUGAUUGCUAAAUGAUAUUUGCUCAUUGUCAACUAAUAAAUUGCUGAUUAUAUAUUGUU